AUGGAGCCCCGCAAGACCCCUCCAGAGUAUUUUCUGGAGAUCUUCGCCGACACAACCACCGUUCGCGAUGUUUUGAAAGGUGUCCUCAACCUCAUCUUCUUCCACCGCUAUUUUCCCUCCAUUCGACCAGUCACCUUUGAUGUUCUCGACCUGACACUUCCCGCCAUCAACGACGCCGACCUCGAAACGUUGAUCGAGUCGCGCGUCAAUGCGCUCGUCCGUCAGCAUCUCUCGCCCACGUCAGCAAACCAAAAUGGCACGUCGAGUGGGGGCGGCGGCGGCGUGCGUGGACGGAUCGCCGUGGAGUUCUACGAGAAGAAACGACGUCGUUCGGGCUUGUGGUUUGGGGGCCUUGCGGGCAAGGGCGAAGAGGAAGUGUGUUGGGAGGUGUGGACGCUGGACGUGACGAUCGCCACUCCUCGCACAGAAUCCGAACGAGCCAAAGUGCGCAAAGCAAUGGGCAAUAUGCUCCAAAAGGCCGCCCUAAAGAUCCUCACCGUGGUCAAUCGAGACAAAGACCAUAUCCCACCGAUUACAACCAGCGAUUCCAAUCCAUUCCCUUAUCGAAUCGUCGUCAAUCCUCGCACUGAUAGUUGGGGCUUGUACUAG